AUGUCUUCAUCAUCAUCUUUUGAUACAGCAUCCGGAUUUUCUGAUGCUAUGAGUGGAAGUGAACAAUCAUUUGGUGGAUUUGCUACUCAAAAUAAUGUCGAUUUAGAUCAAAUUUACAAAGCACAGGAUUAUGAAGCUAAGAGAUUCCAAAAAGAACUUAUGAGGAGUCAAAAGAACACCAAGAAGUGGACGAAAACACAGGUUGAUACAGUAGCUGCAAUCAAAGAAGCCGAAAUUGAAGCUAAAAGAUACGAACUCGAAAGACUUCAAGCUGAACAUGAAGCCGAUCUUGCGAACAAAGAAGCGGAAGUUGAUGCUGAAAUGAGAGAAAUACAGACAGAAUGUGGAGAGUUAAGAGUUGAAAUUCAGGCACUUGAAUUUGAACUCAGCCAAGUCAAGGAACAGAGAAAACGCGACUUGUUACAAGUUCGCUCAGAUAUUGCAUCAUCUAUAAAAGCUAUGGAAGCCAAAGAAGUCGAACACAACAAUCAAAUUGCACAACUCAAAGCAGUAUUGGAUGAUCUUAUCCAAAAGCAUCAAGCUGAUAUACAGCAAGCUAUGGAAGAAAGCCAGACCAAUGAAAACAUUAUUGACAAUCAAAUAGCCCAAAUUACUGCAACUAUUGAAAGAACUCGUAAAGAGUCCUUUAAAUCUGAUGAUUCUUAUGCACACAGAAUGCAAGAAGCAUCUUCAACAGCAGAAAUGCUUAGAAGUGAAAUUAAUGCCUCACAUGAGAGAACUAUUGCUAUGCGUGGUGAAAUAGAAAAUACUCAACAAAAGCUUCAGAUGCUUCAACAAGAGCUUUAUAAGGCUGAAGAGCAGUCAAGAAUGCUCAAAGAACAGAUUAUUUAUACAGAGGAGCAAAAGAAAGUUAUGAAGCAAGAGCUUGAUAAGUUAGAUAGAUCCUUAUGGAAUAGUAAGAAGACUGUAAUCUUACGCAAUCAGUAA